GCUAGCUUCUACUCCACUUUAUAACCUAUGUUACAUACAAUCAGAGAAUGUCGCUGUCGCCUGUAAUAUCGACGACCGUCCUUGGGAAACGCAAGGCUACAAGAUAUAUUCUGCAUCUAUCUGCAAGUCCACAACCCGAGCCAUCUACUUCAACUACCGUCAACGAUACCCCGCGACCAGCCUCAAAGAAAGCACGUCAUCCUUGCACGUAUUCUGGAUGCACCAAGUCCUACUCCAAAGCUUGUAGGCUUGCAGAACAUAUACGGUCUCAUACAGGAGAGCGCCCAUACGUCUGCUUGACUUGUCAAAAGUCAUAUCUACGCGAAUCCCACCUUCAAGCACAUGCAAAGAGCCAUCUUCCCGAGUCAGAACGUCCUUAUGUAUGUACGGAGUCAGCGACCUGCCAGAAACGGUUCUGGACGUUCCAGCAUCUCCAGGUGCAUGAGAAUACUCACAGCGGGGCCAAAUGUUAUGCUUGCUCGGUAGAGGGCUGCGACGAAGUAUUUGCCAAGCACCAUCAACUCCGCUCUCAUACCUGUGAAGCCCACGCACCCCCAGGCACAAAGCCUUACAUGUGCACACACCCUGGGUGCACCAAAUCGUUCGAUACGAAUCAAAAGCUUAGAGGUCACCUCAAAACCCAUGACGACAAACGUUACACGUGUGCCCAUCCAAACUGCUUACCUUCAUCCAACACUGACCCUAUAUAUUACCCUACCUGGACAUCCCUCCAGGCUCAUAUACGCGAUGCCCACCCUCCGACGUGCAUGCAUCCCUCGUGCGACGGACGAACGUUUGCUUCCCAACAUAAUCUGCGCGCUCAUCAGAAAUUACACGAACAACAAGAUUUAGAAGCCGUUCUCGCCGGCGCAGAACUAUCAGACGCAGCUGAUUCCCCCCGAAAACGUAGACGCGGUGGAGAAGUGGGUAGAGACUGGAAGUGCGACAAAUGUGGGAAGGAGUUCAAAUCUAUAAGGGCCCUCACAACGCACAACAACGUGAUUCAUCUGGGUCACAGAAAUCACGUCUGCCCGCAUCAAUAUUGCUCCAGUGCCUUUGGCUACAAACAUCUCCUCGAAAGGCAUCUGGCUAAGAUUCACAGCACGAUGAGCGAUCAAUCUGUCGCAGAAACGUCUGAAUCAGAAGGCGACAUGACUACUGACACUGAUGGCCCCGACAACGAUCUGCCAGACUCAGCAGCGCAUUUGAGCAUUGACCGCAUCACUGGACAAGCUUACUCCCUCCGCAGUCGCAUGCCAACAUCAAAAACCGUACGGUGUCCAUACCCCGAUAUCGAGGGCUUACUGUUAUUGUCUCCGGACCCUCCGCUUUCCAGCUCUUCAGUGCGUUGCGAGCACAUUUUGACUCGCGCGUAUGAUCUUCGUCGGCAUUUGAAGGCCGAGCAUGGACUCGUUGGGGACAAGAGCAAGGUAGACUCUUGGGUAAAAUCGCAUAGAGGGGUCGACUAGAGAACGCUCGGAACUUUCGGAACUUUCUGUUACGAGAGACGUCCUGUUUAUAAUGCUAAUGCCCAGCUAGAGAGUUGGGGAUUUGAGCCAGUGUCGCUUGUAGCUAGUUCACACUCUCAGUGAAUCCGAUUUUAUCUAUUCCUUUGUCGUGGCGAGUGGCAAGCUCCCCUAUUGUUGUGUGCAUCAC